CGUAUAUAGAUUAUAUAGGCGCCCAAGUAUGGGGAGGGAUGUGUAGCAAGGUAGCAAGCAAACAUUCAAGCAGCAGCACACCGCCGACACGAGGAAGAGGCGAGCCACGGACGCUGCAAACUCUGAAUAAUCCACAAAAAUGGAGUUUGGAGUAGGCAGGGAUGUUGAUGUCGCUCAGAUGUCAUCAGAACUUGCUCGCUGGGUGGAGAUGACAAUGUCGCCAAACAUCUCACAGCAGCAGCGUCUGGAGGUCUACAAUGCCUGUGAACGCUUCAAAGAAUCAUCUCCAUUAUGUGCUCAAUGUGGACUGUUUCUUGCACAAAGAUCACCAGGCAGAAAUUCCAUUGUUAGGCAUUUUGGACUUCAGCUAAUGGAACAUUGUAUCAAAUACCGUUGGACACAUCUGUCGCAGACUGAAAAAAUAUUUAUCAAAGAAAAUGCCAUGAGAUUGCUAGAGGAAGGUAUAGAACCACUCACUCAAGAAGAAAGCCAUAUCAAAGAUGCCUUGGCUCGUAUCAUUGUUGAAAUGGUCAAAAGGGAGUGGCCACAGCAAUGGCCCACAUUGCUUGGCGAACUGAAUCAGGUGUGCCUCAGAGGAGAGAGUCAAACGGAGCUUGUACUUUUGGUUUUCUUAAGACUGGUGGAAGAUGUUGCCAUUUUAGAGACAUUGGAAUCUAAUCAAAGGAAAAAGGACAUUUACCAAGCACUGACCACAAAUAUGACAGAAAUUUUUGCCUUUUUCUUGAGACUGAUGGAACAGCAUUUUGCAGAAUUUCAAAAGAAUACAUCUGCUGGCAGAGUGAUUCAAGCUGCUGCUCACAGUCGAGUAGUUCAGGUGGUUCUUCUCACAUUCUCUGGCUUUGUGGAAUGGGUUUUUAUUGGUCACAUAAUGGCUGAUGAAGGACGACUGUUACAAAUUCUCUGUCUAUUUCUGGGCAAUCCAACAUUCCGUUAUGCAGCAGCCGAAUGUCUAUUGCAAGUUGUGAAUAGGAAAGGAAAGAUCGAAGACCGGAAACAGCUGAUGAUUCUUUACACGGAAUCCGCAUUAAGGUGUAUGUAUGCUGCAGCAACAGCUGCACCACCUUCUGGACCUGGUGAUGUGCAGGAGAAUCACUAUUUGUUUUUGAAGAAGCUAAUUCAAGUUUUGAAUGGAAUGGCUAUGCAACUUUGUUCUCUUUGGACUAAAGAUGACGCAAUGAAGGCUCGUCCAGCACACUUUAAUAUAUUUUUAGACACAGUACUCAUCUUUACAAUGCACUCCAGUUUCACACUCGUUCAGAUGUCUAAUGCAAUUUGGGUUUUAUUAUUUAAACAUGAGCACAUAAAAACUGAUACGCUUUUAUUGACUUAUGUGCCAAAGUACGUUGAGAAUACUGGACCAAAACUUGUGAAGAUACCAUUCCCAAACAAACGCCACGCAAACGGUAUGGCUUCAUACUUUGCGGAUUACGACACGGAAGAAGAAUUUAACGUGUUUUUCCAUCGGCUGCGAAUGGACUUGCUUGAAGGUUUCAGACAUGCAACGAUGGUCGCUCCAUUAGUAACAUUUGCCUACGUGCAACAAUGGUUGACAGCAAAAAUUCGAAAGGGUAUGGAAAAUCUAGCAUACAAGAGUGACCCAAACGACCCAGAGUAUCUUGAGUGGGAAGCCUUAGCCUCGGCACUUGACUGCAUUGUGUCGCGGAUCCUUCUUGUGAGUGAACGACCAAGUGUUCAACAGGGUCUGCAACUUCUGGAACUUUGUUUAAGCUACUCUCCCCACGAUGCUUGGCUACUUUCCACUUUACUGUCCAGCAUCAGCGCUCUCUUUGUGUUUUUAUCUAUGUCGACUGGCUCGAUGGCAAUGCCUGGCGUUGCAAUACUGCCGAGAGUACUUGAAAAGAUCUUUGCAGCUUUGGUUUUUAAUGGACCUGGCGAAUCCAAAGAGAACAGGUCUAAAGCUACGAAGAAUGUUAGACGGCACGCGGCAAGUCUUAUGGUGAAGAUCGGGCUUAAAUAUCCAUUGAUACUGCUACCUGUGUUCGAUCAGAUUCAUUCGACUGUCAGAGGUUUGGCCAGUCAGGUGUCCAGAAUGGAAUGUCUCACACUUUAUGAAGCUCUCAUACUUAUAUCCAAUCACUUCUGUGAUUAUCAGAGACAGAGUAACUUUGUUGCAGAGGUGAUAGGCGAUACCUCAACGCGGUUUAUCGCAAUAGGCGCAGAAGCUUUCAAAGGUCCUGUCGAGCUAAUGCGUUUUGUCGGAUUGGACCGAACUGCAGUAGAUAAUGUGUUAGAUGAUCCAAUAGGAGCUAAUCGUGCAGACUUAAUGUUUUGUAUUCACACGGUAUUGGGAGUUGUAAAACGCUGUUCCGUUCCAGAAGAUCCAGAUCGUGCAGCUCGAGGUGGUUUUGUCAUUGCUCUCAGUGAAAGUGGAAAUCCUAUCUAUAGAAAUCCUGCAACUCCUCAUAUAGUACCAGUACUGCCGACACUAUUUGGUCUUAUUCGCUCGAUGAACGCACUUUUCACGCCUGAAGCAUUGCGGCAUUUAUCUGAGAGUUACAAAAAAGCUCACGACAUGAUAGAAUCAGAAAAAGCAUGUCUUUUGGGAUUAAACUCGUCGAAUAACAACGAUAAUGCUAUAGAAGUUGAACAACAGUCUGCUCCACUGUCCAAAAUGCAGAGCUUCCUUACGAAUAUGCAUGAUAACUGCUAUCAUAUGCUCGGAAGCAUUUGCACCACUAUUGGACGCGACUUUUAUCAAUUGCCGGGAUUGGAAGCUGCCCUGUUGAAUUCAGUUUUCUCUAACAUGGAAGUAAUUCCAGAUCAUAGACUACGUCCCAUUAUCCGCGUUUUUAUGAAGCCUUUUAUAUACUGGUGUCCACCAACGUUUUACGAAUCGGUUCUUGUUCCUGUGUUAGCGCAUGUAUCAACACACAUGUGUCAAAGACUCAGUGCCAAGUGGCAAUAUAUGACCCGAUUGUACGAAUCCGGCGGCCUCGACGAAGAGAAUACAGAGUCUCAGGAGGUGAUUGACGACAUGCUCAACCGGAAUCUUACGCGUGAAUUCGUUGAUGUAUUGAAAGUAGCUCUAGUCGGCGGUGCAGCGACUGACGCUGCACCACCCGAUUCCAUGGAUCAGGAUGGCAGUGGCAUGGCUGUUGAUACACCAUCACCUCGUGGAAGUAACAGCAUUGUUGCUGAAAUCGUCAGCGAGCUUGGAGCUUUUAUACUUAGGCAUCCAUCGACUUGUCAUAGUGUUGUACUUUGCAUACUUGGCGCUCUGUCGUGGAACGACUCGAACGCCAGUCUAAAGGCAACAAUGCUUACAAGUCCAGUAGUACGAGCCCUGGCAUCGGAUGGAAGUUUGACUCCAGCUAUGGUAUCACACAUAAUGGUAGCCAUUCUUCAAGGUCUUCAACUCCAUGGUCAACAUGAUGCUAACCAAGGCUCGCUCAUUACUCUUGGGGCUCAGGUUUAUGAGGUUCUAAGACCCAAAUUCCCCAACAUUGUUGAAGUAAUGCAACAGAUACCUGGUGUUAAUCCAGCUGACUUGCAACGUUUCGACGAAAAAAUGUCGGUUGUCAGCUCUAAAGGAAAUAAAGUUGAGAAAGGCAAGAAAGAUCUGUUUAAGAAAAUAACUAAUCAGCUUAUUGGCAGAAGUAUUGGUCAAUUGUUUCGAAAAGAAAUAAAAAUCGAUAAUUUACCGCGGUUGCAAGUGGCAAACAAACAAGUUGUCCGUAUUGACGAGAUCUCAAAUAACGCCACCGAAGCGGGUUUGACGGCAUUAUUUGCUGGGCCAACGUAGCAGACGAUUUCCGAGCAUAGCAUACAAAAUUGGUAUAGCUCGAUAAACGAUUACAAAUUAUUAUAAAAUUAUUCAAAAUGAAAUUUAAAGGGAUAAGAAAACAAUAUAAUUGCUCGUUAAAAAAAAAUAAGUCGACUUCUGAAUAUUUGAAGUUUUUCAAUGAGAUGAAAAUAUGUAAGUUUCUUCAAUAAUAUUUUUUCACAAAGCUUGCCCCUUAUUCCUUUCAAAUUAUUGUUAAUAAUUGUGGCGAAUGUAAAUUUAAUUAAUUUUAGGUCAAUUAUAACUUAAGUCUGUGUUCGAAAUUUCUUUCAACUCUGUUAUCAAAACAAAAAAAUGUUAUAUUGUGCAAAUGAGUUGCAAUGCAAUGAACAUUUUCUUUUAGAAUUAAUAAUUUGUUCUUAUUCUUUUUAUAAGUAUGAAUGAGAGAUGCGAAUAAGAAUCUGUAUUGGAUAAAAUGAUAAAUUAUUUGCAUGAUUGAUACAUAGUAAAUACGUAAUACAAAUGCAUAAAAUGUUAAUUACAUUGCGUCAAUGUAAAGUACCAUUUCUUACGAAACUUUUUACUGAACAUAAUACAUAUUGAAAAUGAUUGUCUAAAAAUCAUCAUCAGUAUACAGCCAUUAUCAGUUUUACUUCAUCAGUUGGUGCCGUACCAAAGCACAGUAAAAUUUUUAAAACUCAGAAUAUUCAACAUGAAAACAUAUGAUCAUACAAACGAGAAAGUCGUAUAUAAUAUUCAUAUAAUCUAAUUAAUGUUUUUUACCAGAUAUUAUUUUUUUAAUUCAGAAAUUCAAAUGUAGAAAUUGUGAUCAUGUGAAUUUAUUUGUGAUCAUAUUAGUAUAAUUUUGGCAUUAAUAAUCGAAAUUAUGUUAAAAAUGUUAUUGGAAUAUCAAUGUUAUUCCCAAUCAUUCCUAACAACUGACGCUUUCGAUGCAUUUAAGUACCAAAAAACUAUUGGUACUGAAGCUAUUGACUGUUACAGCUUCCUACGGUUUUUUCGAAAGCAUCCGUCAAUUAUUCUUAUUUUACUUAGUUUUAAAAAAUGGCCAUUGAAAAACUGAUAUUUAUAAAAUAAUGAUUCUAACUAUCGUGAUCUUUAUCAUUUGCUGUGUAUUAGCGUAUAAAAGUGUUUAUGAAGAGGCACAAAGUAUCACAUUAGUAGUUGUUGAAUAAAAGUAUAACGAUGUUUAAUUUAAUAAUUGCAAUAUCUGUAAUUAAAAGAAAAUGCACAACAAAUCGAAUCAUUUUUUAAAAUUAAAAUUGAAAUUCAUGUUACAUUAAUACAAAGAAAAGCCAAUUAAAUAGCCUUAUCUUUCGCAUUUUCAAAGCGAUCGAGUUUAAUAAUUUGUUACUUUAUGCUGCCAAUGACAUCAUUGAUUUUUUUUUAUACAUCGGCUUCAAAAGUAGCUGUAUC